GAUAUCCAGUCAUGUGACAAGAUGUUUUUGUAAUUUCACUUCCGCCUUCAGUGUUUCUCGCCGUGUCAUGUGGAUAUUGAUUAACUGACUGACUGACAGGCUUCUUUUGGGGUUGAAAUCUCCUUUAGGACGCUUCCAGGUAAAGCCUCUCUCUACCGGAGGUCUGAGGAGCAGGCAGCGCAGCAGAGACUCUCCUUGAGGCCGGUGAGGAGGUGAUGGCGGACGGGGAACGGUCACCGCUGCUGUCCGAGCAGCACGACGGGACCCGGGGCUUCUCUCCGGGCUUCUCUCCGGGCUUCUCUCCGGGGAACAGCAUGCAUGGAUAUCCGUCCAAACCUCCAGGUUUGGCGCCGUUCCCCAGCUCGGUGGCACCAGGUGAGCCUCCGCCGCCCUACUCGCCACAGGGCAGCCCGGACAGCAGCAGCGCUCCGGUCAUCAGCUGCCGGGUCUGUCAGAGCGCCAUAUCUGUGGAGGGCAAGACGCACCAGCACGUGGUGAAGUGCAGCAUCUGCAAUGAGGCUACGCCGAUAAAGAACGCUCCUGUUGGAAAGAAGUACGUCCGCUGUCCGUGUAACUGCCUCCUAAUCUGCAAAGUCACGUCGCAGAGGAUCGCCUGUCCCAGACCGUACUGUAAACGCGUCAUCAACCUGGGACCGGUUCACAUCGGCAGGGAAAGUCCUGAACCGCAGCAUCAGCCCGUCGGCAUCAGGAUCAUCUGUGGACACUGCUCCAAUACAUUCCUGUGGACAGAGUUUUCAGACCGGACCUUGGCCCGAUGUCCACACUGCCGAAAAGUCUCUUCUAUUGGUCGACGGUACCCCAGGAGGAGGAGCCUGCUGUGCUUCCUGCUGUUCGUCGUCCUCGCCGCCUCCACUGCAGGACUUAUGGUUGGUACGUGGAAGCCCGCCCAGCAAUCUAAAGGGAUCUACUUUGCGUGGGUGCUGCUGAUCCUGCUCGCUCUGUUCACCAUGGCGAGAACCAUCUACUGGAGGUGUCUGAAAAUCAGCGAUCCCAUAUCCAACAUCACGUAGAGAGAGAGAGAGAGAGAGAGAAAGGGGGAGGAAAAGGAAGGAAGGAAAGUAGGUAGGUGAGAGGGCUAGUGGAUGAAGAGAGGGAGGGAAAGACAAAAGAUACAGAUGAGACAAAGAGAGAAGAAAAGAUGAAUUUAAGGUAUUAAACUCCACAUUCAUGCUAGAUUGGAUUUACAGCAAAUAUGAGCUGAUAAUUGUUUUCUAUUCACAUCAUAAAUUGGGGACGGUUUGUUUGCAAAGAGGUUGAAUGAAGAAAAAGUUUGAGAUGAAGACGUCAGACAAAGAUGGACAAAAGAAAGAAAGAAAGAGUUUAAAUUAUUUAGUUUUUGACCCGUUAGUUUUCUAUUUUGUUGCACUAAUAUGUUGUUUCAGAUCUUGGUGCUGCUGUCAUGUUCACAACAAUACAAAAUACAAAAUGAUAAGAAAAACUGCGUGUGAUUAGAGAAGGUUGAUAACACUCUUUCACGUCUGUACGGUAAAUAUGCAGCUUCAGCCAGUUAGGAGAGCGGUAUCAAUCUUGUCGUCUAUCUCUCGGCAAGAAAGCGAAUAAAAGUGUUUCCCAAAUCGUCAAAUUAUUCCUUUAACAGAUAUUUCAGCAAUUUAAUUAAAAUUUGAGCUGAUUUAUUUAGUUGAACAGAACGUUGCAUUAAAAUGACUCAAAAAAAUAUCUUAAAAUGUACUAAAAACAUCUCAAUAAUCACAUAAAGUCAAAAUGCACAUAUCAUUUAAAUACAAUUCAUACAAGGAACAACACAUGUAUUUUGGUUUGGGGCAUUUUUCGUUAGAUAACAACAAGAUAACAUGCGUAAUAUGAUGAGGGAAAUGCAAUCAAUAGACGAUGUUACAUGGGGGUGAAUUUAUAAAUCAGUAGCCGGGCAUUAAUUCAGGAUUGAGUGGCAUUAUUUUCUUUAUGUAUUUCUCAAAGUCAGUCAGUGUUCAGAUCAUCUCGCACAUGGAUUUUUGGGGCAUUAACUUUUGUUUUCUUUCUUUAAAAAAUUAUUCAUAUCAAAGAGAAUAACUGAUCUUCUAAACUGGACUGGAAAUGCAGAUUUCAGACUUCAUAUUCCGCUAAACGUUUAACUUAUAAAGUGCCGUUUUACUUGACAGAAAUCAACAUAGAAGCACACACAGAAUGAUUUAUUUAUUUAUCUUCUCUCUUUUUAAUUCACAUCUGUUUUAUUUGACUCAAACUCUGCUGACACACCAGUAAAACUAGUCUCCUUCUCUGUUAAAGUGUAAAUAUAUUCAGUGGGAUGUUGAUUAUUUUGGACUGUACAGAAUUAUUAUCAGAGCUGUCGCUUCCCCCUUGUGGCUGAUCAGUGUAAGUACCCGCUGACUGUGAAACAUGUUGCACUACAUUGUACUGAUGUACUACUACUACUGUAUGUUUUUGUCAAUAUUAUUCCGGUGGAUGGAUUGUUUUGGGGUUUUUUUGUAUAUCGUGAAACAAAGUAAUACUUUUAACAACGUC